CUCCUCUCUGCUGCUGGAGCAUCCUUAUAAGGCCUGGAGGCUUCAGUUGCCUUUUUCUCUCAAGCACCCCCCUCACCCCCCCCCCAAAUAGAUGCUGGGGAAAUAGCCCUAAAUACAGGUGUCCCCAGCACUGUGACGGCUGGAAGUUCAGGCAGUUUUAGGAUUUGUCGCCCUCUCCAUCCCACAAUGAAAAGCACCCGUAGCAGUUCCUCAUUCCAAGCCCUCAAUGCCAAUGGCUUGGACCUGAGUCUAACGGGCCUCCCACUGCAAGUCUUGCGGCGGCCGAGCAGUGCCUCUCCAGCUAAGCACAUUGCUCGUUCCAUCUCCGUCAUCACCGAGAGCAAGCCCAGAAGGAACGCUCCGGAAGAUGCAGGACUUGGCUGCUCCAGAGCCAUUAACAAUCUCCGGAGAUGCAGUAGUACCACCCAGGUCAACCAGCAGGUGAACGGUGCUUUUCGUGCCGAGCAGUCUGGAGACUUCUUGACCUUCUUCGACAGCAGCUCUGGGGGAAGAAAAAAGCUGGCAAGUCUGAGCAAAACCUCUCCAGAAAAGAGAACCACAUGGAAUGUCCUGGACGAUCAGCCCAGGGUCUUCCCGAUCCCAUCCAGCACCCGCAGCUCCAGCACGCUGGAGUCCCCAGCAGGCAUGAGGAAGAAAGAAACCACUGUGCUGCUGGCACCUAACUUCACUGCCAAUAACAGGAGUAACAAAGGGGCCAUGGGCAACUGCGUCACCACCAUGGUGCAUAACAACUACUCCACCACAGACAAGGCCUCCACGCCGAAAAGUUCCAACCAAGCAGCAACUUCCCUCAACAAUAUGAUCAAGGCGACCUCGAAUGAGGACAGUGAGAGCAGCAGCUUCAAGAAGUCUCAGAAGAACUUUUCCAGCAACAACAUAAUGCCCCGCAACAACAGCAGCAGCCUGCUCAAGAGGAAGGAGGUGACGGAGGAGGAGGCAGAGAGGUUCAUUCAUCAGGUUAACCUGGCGGCUGUGACCAUCCAGCGCUGGUACCGACACCACUCGCAGAGGCACAAGAUGGGUGCAGCCGCUCUCGGGCACUUGUUGGCUUCCAAGAGAGAGGAAAGGCAGCAGCCGCGGAUGGAGGAGGGGAACGUCCUGGACUUGCAGCGGAAGAAGGAUGAGGAGAGACGGAGAAUCCGGGAGGAGAAGGCCCAGCUGGCCCGGCGAGCUGCUAUCCAGGAGCUUCAACAGAAACGAGCCCAAAAGGCCUCUGAUGCGAAGCGCCUCGCGGAGGAGGAGCUGGUGCUGCUGAAGGAAAGCAGACGGGUGGGAAGGAAAAAACCCACCAAGCCGGCCUCUGUGAAGAACAUCAGUCCCGCCAACAGCGUCGUCAAAGCCAAUAAUGCAGAUGCAAAUUUCCACGCAGCAGCUGCCGAGCCCGAAGAAAUCUUCCCCCCAGGGCCCGGUUCGGGCACUGGACAGGAUAACGUGGCAGAGGACAAACCACAGGAUGUGAACUCCAGAGAGCUGGCCAGUGAGGAGCUGCAGACGGUGGUCACUGCGACCAGCAGAGCCCAGUCCAAGGUCACCCUCAAUGAGCUUCUGGACACCCUCAAACUGCUGGAGGAGGAGCCGGAGUUGAUGCCCCAACCUAAGCUCUACAAGAAAGACAAAUAUGCCUGGAUAGAUGGGGCUGCUGUGUCCAUGAAUGCGAUCCAUCUUCUCCCUGGGCAGGAGGCCGACUCAAACUCCCUGACUGCUGAUAACCUGGAGAAGUUUGGAAAGCUGAACCAUUGCCCCGGCGUCCCUGGGGACGGGGCUCUGCUCUCCGAAGCCAAGCUCCAGAGCAUCAUCACCUUCCUGGAUGAGAUGGAGAAGUCGGAGCAGGAGCGGCCCAGAUCCGCUGCCUCUGCCACUCAGCAGGAGGGGCUCUUGUCUGAAGAGGAGGUGGCCCACCUGGAGCAAGCUUCAGCCGUAGCAACAGAGGUCACCAGCUCCAUCAUGAGGCUGAAACUAGAGGUGGAGGAGAAGAAGCGAGCCAUCACCCUGCUGCAGACCGCGCUGGCACAGCAGCGGGAACUGACCGUGCGGCACGUCAAAGAGACUGAGAAGGAGCUUGGCCACCAGCUCCAGCUGCAGAGAGAGCAGUACGAGGCUGCUAUCCAGAGACACCUGGCCUUCAUCGACCAGCUGAUUGACGAUAAGAAGGUUCUGAGUGAGAAGUGCGAGGCUGUGGUGGCAGAGCUGAAGCAGGUGGACCAGAAAUACACCAAGAAGAUUUCCCAAAUGCAGGAGCAGCAUGAGCUGGAGAUCAAGAAACUCAAGGAGCUGAUGAGUGCGACUGAGAAAAUCCGCCGGGAGAAAUGGAUCGAUGAGAAAACCAAGAAGAUCAAAGAAAUCACUGUGAAAGGGCUGGAGCCUGAGAUCCAGAAGCUAAUCGCCAAACACAAGCAGGAGAUCAAGAAGCUGAAGACGCUGCACGAGGCAGAGCUGCUUCAGUCGGACGAACGGGCAGCCCAGCGCUACAUCCGCCAGACAGAGGAGCUGAGGGAGCUCCUGGAGCGGGAGAAGGAGGAGCAGGGCCAGCGGGAGAGGGAGCUGGCCAGGCAGCGGUACGAGAAGCACCUGGAGCAGGAGGAGCAGGCGCUCCAGCAGCAGCGGCGCAGGCUCUACAGCGAGGUCGCUGAGGAGAAGGAGCGGCUCAAUCAGCAGGCAGCCAGGCAGAGAGCGGAGCUGGAGGAGCUGAGGCGGCAGCUGGAGGAGAACGGCUCCAUAGUCACCAAGGCGCUGAAGGAGGAGUACGAAAAGGGGAAGGAGGAGCAGGAGAGGCGGCACCAGGCGGAGGUGAAGGUGCUGAAGGACAGGCUGGAGAUUGAAAAGCAGGCGUGGGAGGCCAACUACAUGAAGAAGGAGGAGGCCUGGCUGCUCUCCCGGGAGCGGGAGCUGAAGGAGGAGGUGAGGAAAGAGAGGGACAAAGAGAUCGAGCUGGUCAUCCAGCGCCUGGAGGUCGACAUGUCGUCUACCAAGGAAGAGUGCGAGAGGGUGGCAGAAAACAGGAUAAAGAGAGUCCGAGACAAGUACGAAGCGGAGCUGCAGGAGCUGGAGAGGUCUGAGCGGAAGCUGCAGGAGCGCUGCAACGAGCUGAAGGGGCGGCUGGCUGAGCGGGAAGGCGAGAACCUGCACCUGCAGGGCCUCGUGAAGCACAAGGAGCAGGAGGUGGAAGACAUCAGGAAGGUGAAGGACCAGCUGGCCAAGGAGAGGAGCAGCCUGUCGGAGGUGAUUCGCCAGGAGUUUGCAGACAGGCUGGUGGGGACGGAGGAGGAGAACAAGCGGCUGAAGGCAGAGAUGUCGGAGAUGCGAGCCCGCCAGCGCCUGGAGCUGGACAGGAUAGCCCGGGACAAGGACGAAGAGCUGGAGGAGGUUCAUAAGAGAGUGAAGAUGGCCAUCGUGAAGAAAGAGGAGACGGUGAAUGUUCUUCGGAAACAGUACGAAGCAGCUGUGAAGCGGGCAGACCACCUGGAAGCCCUGCUAGAGCAACAGCGAAAACAGCUGCUGGCUACUAACUAGCAGCCAGGGCGCCGUCCCCCUCCCACAGUACGGCAGGAACAAGGGCUCCCGUUGCCCAGGAAGUUGCUCGGUGGUCGCGGGGCUGGAAGUGGAGUCUUCCCCCUCCUGUGCUGUUCUCUUUCUACAACUUCUGUUACUUGUGC